AUGUCCUUAUCACCCGUGCGAAGUGUGACUCAGACUACUGUGACGCUGAUCAUCUGCUCGUCAGACCCAUACUAUCACUUCAUGUCGCCCCAAAAAGGCGAAGCAAGCCUUCAGAAGAGGAUUAGUAGUAGUAGUAGUAGUAGUAGCAGUAGUAGUAGUAGUAGUAGUAGUAGUAGUAGUAGUCCAACAUCCUCAGGAGGGAGCAGUCAACAACCACAGGGGGAGCAGCCAACAACCUCAGGGGGGAGCGCAACAACGUCAAGGGGUAGCAGCACAACAUCAAGGGGAGACCACCCUGGAGGAGCAGUCAACCACAGGGGAGCAGCACAACCUCAGGGGGGAGCUGCCAACAACGUCAAGGGGUAG